AUGGGCAUCCUCAAGAGGAAGUUUUCUGAGCUGGAUGAAGACUCCUGCUGCUCCUCUUCCUCUUCAACCUCCUGCUGUGGAUGGGACUUGGACAAACAGAAACAAGACAUGCCCCCUCACAGCCCUCCUGCCCCUGCUGCUUUCCCCUUGAGAUCUAUUCUGAAGAAACCAAAGCUUCCAGCUGCCCAGAACAACGUGUGCUUUCUCCAGGUGACUGUGUAUAGUUUCCCACGCUGCCAAGGGUUCACAGGUGUUCCCAGUCGUGGAGGUGCCACUCUGGGCAUGACAAGGAGGCACUGUGAGGUCCAAACAUUUACAAUUGCUGAAUAUACUCUGGAGCAGAGGCACAGGCGACGUGAGCAGCUCAGAGAGCGAUGGAGGCAAGAGAAGUUUCUGGAAAUCAAAGAGAAAUUAAUAACCAGUGGGACCAUAAACGAAACAGGAGCUGAGACUCUCACCAUUGACCAAGUACCAUUUGAGGAAAUGAACAUCAACAUUAACAGUGUGGAGUUGGAGGGUGGAGGGUUUCUUCAGCCAUACUCUUCAAAGCAGAGGCAGGCAAUUCUUCUGGCAGCAGGAGUGAGACGCAUUGACAAGGAGGAGAAGAGGCAGCUCCACACUCUCCGUCUCUCCAGAGAGACCUGCGGCUGUGACUGCCAAGGCUUCUGUGAACCAGAGAGCUGUGCGUGCAGCUUGGCAGGCAUCAAGUGUCAGGUGGACCGGUUUAACUUCCCAUGUGGCUGUAGUCAGGAUGGUUGUGGGAACACUCAGGGCCGUGUAGAGUUUGACUCCAGACGUGUGCGCACUCAUCAUUUCCACACAAUAAUGAGACUGGAGCUGGAGCGGAGACCCAAACAUGAGACUCAUUUGUCCAAAGACCAGUCUGCGGUUUCGAUGGUCAACAGAAGAGGAUGA